UUACUAAGAAUUUAAUAAUUAGAACAAAAUAGAAAUUAGAUUUAAAAAUGGAAUUAAUUAAAUUGAAGGAAAAUCCAGAAUUUGAAGCAAAGAAAGGACACACUUACAUGCAAUGGAUAGCUGCAAUCAUAGCCAAUUCUUCGCUUCUGACGUACGGUUUGCAAGUCGGCUGGAUUUCCCCCAUGACAAAAGUUCUGCAAUCUGAAUCGUCUCCAGCCGGCGAACCCCUCUCAGACUACACCAUGGGGCUAGUGGCCAGUCUCCUGCCUAUUAGUGCCAUGGUGGUGGUGCCGCUAUACGCCUUAGUAGCUGACAAGUACGGUAGGAAGGCAGGGAUUAUGUGCAUUACGGUGCCACACGCGAUAUCUUGGUUACUCAAAUUGUUCUGUCCAAGUCCGACUACUCUUAUCAUAGCCAGGGUAUGCAGCGGCAUCGCAGCCGGCGGUUGUUUCAACGUCAUCCCCAUGUACACCAAAGAGAUCAGUCAGGAUCAAAUCAGAGGCCUACUAGGCUCUCUCUUGGUGCUCUUGUUUAAUGUGGGCGCAUUACUCAUGUUCGUGCUUGGGGCGUAUUGUGAUUACUACACGGUGUUGUACAUUGUGACUGGAAUUCCGUUUCUAUCGCUCUUGUUUAUAAUGAUAUGCCCUGAAUCUCCUGGAUUCCUGGUCAAGAAGGGGAAUAAUGAUGAAGCUGUGAAGGUAAUAGCAAAGCUCCGUGGCUUAAGUCCAGAUGACAAAUCUGUUCAAAGUGAAGUUGAAACGAUGCGAAAGGAAGAGGAGUAUUACAAAACUUUACCUGCUCUGUCCGUGAUGGUUAUAUUUAAGGAUCGUGCUUGGCGUAAGGGCUACCUUCUUGCGGCACUAAUGAUGACAGCUCAGACGUUCUGCGGCAAUUUCGCGGUCUUGACUUACGGCUCAACCAUCUUGGAGGGGACUGGUGUGCAGUUCGAUCCAGAGCUCGUGGCCAUCAGCUUUCCUGCCAUCAUGCUGGUUGGCUCCAUCGUGUCCAUCAUGGUCAUUGAGCGAAUAGGAAGACGGAUGAUUCUUGGCUCUUCGUUUGCCGUGUCAGCAUGUGCACAAGGGUGUUUGGCAACGGUUCUGCUGCUGCAGUACCAGGGAUAUAGCGCGCCAGGAUGGUUGUCGUUGCUGGUCAUAGUGGCGACCAUGUUUGUCUACUCGUACGGCGUCCUGCCUGUACCGUACAUAAUUAUGGCGGAGAUGUUUAACAUUCAGAUCAGAGCUAAGCUGCUAAGCAUGUUAGUGGCACAAGCAUGGCUUAUGACUUUCAUCCAGUUGGCAGUUUUCGGGCCUCUCACUAGCACCUUCGGUAUGCACACGACCUUCUUCAUCUUCGCAGCGAUUAACCUCUUCGGUGCCUUAUUAAUGCUGGUAUUUAUGCCAGAGACCAGAGGAAGAAGUGUGGAAGAAAUAGAGAUGAUACUUAGAGACAAAUAAAAUAGAUUACAUAAC